AUGGGAUUUUUUGGAAAUAGCUCUGCAUUUGAUUCCAUUGUAGAACAAGCAACUAAUGAAAAAAAUACAUCAGAAGAAUGGGGGAAAAUUUUGGAUAUAUGUGACAAAGUUGGAAAUUCAUCUCAAAAAGCUAAAGAUUGUUUAUCUUCAAUUUUAAGAAGAGUUAAGCAUCAGGAUCCUCAUGUUGCCUUACAAGCUAUUACAUUACUAGAAGCAUGUGUAAAUAAUUGUGGUAAACCUUUUCAUCUGGUAGUGGCAUCGAGAGAAUUUGAACAAGAAUUUAAAAAAAUAAUUAGUAAAGGUCAUCCGAAAGUAUGUGAAAGGUUAUUAUUUCUUUUAAGGUCGUGGGCUGAAGGUGAUUUUAAAUCUGAUCCACAGUUAAAUUUAAUCCCUUCUUUAUAUAUAAAAUUAAGACAAGAUGGCAUAGAAUUUCCUUCUCCAGAGUCUUCUAAGACACCAAAACCUAAUCAAAUAUCGAGGGAUCCUAAUGCAGUAGAUAGUCAAAGAGAAGUUGAUGAUAUAGCCAAAGCAAUAGAAUUAUCAUUAAAAGAUGUAUCCCUUCAAUCGAAAUCUAAAGGAGGUCCCAGUGGAUCUACUUUAUAUCCUUCGACUGCUAUUAAUACACCUUCCGAAGGUAGAAAAGUUCGUGCAUUAUAUGACUUUGAAGCGGUAGAAGAAAAUGAACUUACAUUUAAAGCUGGAGAAAUAAUUUAUGUUACUGAUGAUGGUGAUCCGAAUUGGUGGAAAGGAAAUAAUAAAACAAGUGAGGGAUUGUUUCCAUCUAAUUUUGUGACGGCAGAUUUGUCUGUAGAACCAGAACAAACAAAGUUAGAAAAUAAGAAAACCGUGCAAUUUAAUGAUUCAGUUAAAGUGAAAAAAAUAAAAGAUCCAACGGAAGUUGUUAUAGAUGAAAGUAAAAUGGACACUUUGUUACAUUAUUUACACGAAGCGGAUCCUCGAGACUCGAGCGGUGAUUCACCGGAAAUGAGAGAAUUAGCAGAAGAAGUUUACGCCAUGGGUCCCUUAAUCGAUGCAAAAUUAGAAAAAGUCGAUAGAAAGCAUGCUCAAUUGACGCAAUUAAGUUCGGAUUUAGUCGAAGCGUUAAAUCUUUAUCAUUCUUUGAUGCGGGAACCAACCGGUCCAGGACCUUCAUUCAUUCAAAAACCUGGUAAUUACGGGUACAUGCCGAUUCCCAAUCCUCCUCCGGUACAUCAACCUCAGUUUAACGGAAACGCUGCUUCCAAUCAACCUUACGUACCCGCAAAUUAUUCGGUCGUUCCCGGAAAUAUUCCACAGCCGUUUCCAAACGGACCGCCGCCACCACCACCACCACAAGUAGGACAUUACAUAGCAGACCCGUCGAGAUCGUAUCCCGUCGUGAAGUGA